GGCAGCAGAAGUGUGGUCAAAACUUCCUCUAGACCUUCUUGGGUUGAUCAUGGCAAAACUCUCCUUAGAUGAUCACCUUCAUCUCACCUCCGUCUGCCGGCACUAUCACCGUGCCAAGUCUUUCAACCUCUCUUCUCCACUCCCAUCCUCUCCUUGGCUUAUCCUCCCCGGCCGGAGUUCCACCACCCUCAAAUUCCUCCCUCAAGCCAAAACCACCCCUUAUGAAGCCAUCACCCCUUCCCCCUUCAUCCGUCGCCGUCUCUUCAUCGGCUCCUCCAAUGGCUGGGUGGUCACUGUCUCUUGCAACCCUUCUCUAGACCUUCACCUACUCAACCCUCUCACCGGCACCCAACACCCUCUCCCUCCCAUCCACACUCUCCCUUUCAUUACCCCUAUCCCUAACAAACCCAACUCCUCCUCAGUCCACUACCGAAUCACCAAUUACAAAACCUUUGAUCAUCACUCCUUCAUCCACUACUUCUUCACAAAAGCAGUCAUCUCCACCAAAGACUUCACUGUCCUCUUAGCCCACCCUAAUCACAACAAUGCUACCCUUUCCUACACUCAUCCAGACCGCUCCAAAUGGGUUUCUUUUGUCAUUCCCGGCCAUUACCAUGAUGCUGUUGAUGUUAUCCAUGAUAAAGGUUUGUUCUACGCCAUCACCUCCGUCGGCGAUAUCAUCAUCUGUGGCCCUUCUUCAACCACAAGAGUACUAUCUUUUCAAGAUCCUCAAUUCAUGGAUGUAGAAGAUCCUUCCUCUACCCGUUAUAUUGUAAGGUCUGUGCAUGGAGAUUUACUCUUGGUGCAUAGAAGAAUUGAAAUCUCUGCUGAUAAAGAUUACAAUGAGCUCCUUAAGUUCAAGACUCGAAAGUUUAUGGUGUAUAGGAUUGACGGUCAUAAGAACAAUGAUCAGAGGUAUUGGAAACGGGUGAAUGAUCUGGGGGAGCAGUGCUUGUUUCUUGGGACCAAUGAGUCCAUGGCCUUCUCUGCUUUGAAGUAUCCAGAGCUUCAAAGGAACUGUAUCUACUUCACUGAAUCAAGAACUCAGAAUAAAUCAGUCAGGUGUAGGCAACCAAAACAGUGUGAUUUGGGAGUGUUUAAUCUUAGUGAUAAAAGUAUCAAGCCAUUGUUUUAUCCUUCUGAUCUCACUUGGCCUCCUCCCAUUUGGUUCACUCCACACAUUGAGGGGAGUCAUCAGUAAUUAUUAAGUGUGCCUGUGUGUGAUUUUAGCACUGA